CGGAAAGUGCCAAACUUACAAGACAUAAUAUAAACUCGAGCCAUGCGGCAAAGCUUGCGAAGACGCUUGCGCGCGCGGGCAAACACGUGGUGAACGCUGCAAAGCCGAGCUUUUCUGCCGCUCGCUGAGAGCUUGCAGUCGCGCGUGUUAUCGCUACCGGAACGCUUCCCCUCUCGAUCGAUGGUCGAUCGAGCCUGUUUUCCGCCCCUGUUCACCCUGUGAGCGCUUGAAACAAUAAACGUUCGAGUCAUCAACGCGGUCCAGGCGCGAAAAGAACGCUAAAAUAAACGAUAGAUAAUAAAUUUCUCCUUCUCUCACUUUUAUUAAUCACGAAUGACAGUUGGCGAAAACCGUGCCGGAAAUCAUUGAAGAAUUUCUAAGCCGCGCGCGAAUAGUUUACCGACGAAAAAUUCUGAGAAUUCUUUAAAGAGUUUCAAGAAGAAAACCUCGCCGCGAUGAACAGCGAACAGAAGAACGUUACUUUUGCAACGAAAGCGGAUACGCAAAAUCAUGACUGAAAAGAUGGAGAAACGUCGCGAAUCUUCACGUUGAUCGCACCGAAGGGACACGCGGGAUGAGCAAGGACGAGAGCAACGGCGAUGCGGCUGGCUCGCCGACCACCUCGCCGGAUGCUCCGCUGAAGGAUCCGAACGCGGAGAUCUACGAGAAUCGCGGGCCUAAGAAGAUCAUCCGCGUGGUCACCGUGAUGGCCUAUCUGUUCUCGGUGAGCUUCGUGGGUAUCUUGCUGAGCGCCUAUUACUUGUUCCUGUGGGAGCCGCCGAACCCGAAGCUCAUAAUGCAAGAACGUCUUUUGGCCGAUCCGCAGAUGCAGUUUCUGGUCGUCGCCGCGCCGUCCGUCGAGAAAACCGACGUAGCGGUGCAAGCGAGCACGCCUGUCUCCGAAAACGAGCUCAAUCAAACUUAUAAGACUCUUAUGAAUCGCAUGGCGGAAGAUGUGACCGAGGACUAUCCUGAUAUCGAGAAGCCGAGAAUAUUAAGCGCGAUGUUGUUAAAGCUGAGACACUCGCUUGUGGAAGCUCAGCGCGCUCAGAAUCUGAACUCGUCGCGCGAAGCGAUGACUUCGAGCGAAUCCGAUGAUUCGUUUGUCGCGGUAAAAGAAGUGUUUAACUCGACGAGACUAAUUGCUCGCGCGGAAGACUCGGUCUCGGGAGACGCUAAAAACACUUCCGAAGAAAAGAUCCGAAGUGACAACACUAAUUCGCCUCCGGAACUCGCGGAUUCUACGCUGGACGUUGAGAACACGUCCUCGACACCAGUCGCGACUAUUCCUGGAACAGAAACAAAUCAGAAUCGUCUCGGCGAGAAAUCUGUUACUGAUGUCAAUCGACGUGCAGCUUUGAUCGUCCACGAAAGAGAAAAUUGGAGCGACAAGAGAAAGCUCGAUGCCGCGAAAGCAAAUGAUAUCACAAACGGCAGCGGUUAUCGCGCUUACAAAGAUAACAAUUCUUCUAAAGUUAUCCGGAAAUUUCCGGAGGUUGAUAUUCUCGAUAAUAAAGAACCGAUCAAAACUGAACAAAACGAGACUGAUCAACUGAUCAAUAGCGAUCGGGAAAAUCCGAAUAAUUCGAGCGGUGCCAGCACUAUCGCCAUGCCAGAGAGGCACGUGGAAGAUCGCACGAAUCAUCGCCUGUCUAUAAAUAUUGUUAAUAGUUUCCGGCGAAACUAUUUCGACAGCAACUAUGCCGAAAAAAUCACGCGCGAUAAAGUAUCAAAUGGCUCGCCGUCGUCUCGCGACGCGGGAUUCACCGACAAUCCGGGAUUCCAUCAGCCGCCGGAUGAGCCGAUCGUCGUAAAACAGCGACUAUACGCCACCGCAGAUUCCGAAGAAACACAGAUCGAAAGGAUGACCACGAGAUCUGCGAUAAUAGACGAUAAACAGCUGAAGGAAAUAGAUUUAUCGACUACGCAACGACACAAAGGUCUAUGGGAAACCUUGACGGAAACUACGGACAUUAAGGAAACGUCCGUAGAGCUAACAUCGGUAUCGACAGCUCGAAAUUAUCUCAAUUUCACCAGUACUGCAAAUGACGAUGAUGAGAGCGUCACAUAAAUGAACGACAGACUUUCCGCAUUUUAUGUCGAACGUCAUAAGUUACAGGGAAGCAAAACUAGUAAUCGCUAAUAGAGUAUUAAUACCUAUUAGUACGUUCAUAGAGUUUUUCCCUUUUACGGAUAACGAAUGCUAGAGUUCGUAUCAGCCUAAAUUUGCCAAAUGAGAAUUUGUAGUGAUUAGAUCUGCUCUUCAAGACCGACACAAAAGUUGGACAGCAGAAACUAAUAGUUAAAUAAUAGUUAAAUAAUUUAAGAACGUCUAGUGUUACAUGAACAACUAUCGCGAAAAUACAAUAGAAAAAAACCAAUUAUAAUAAUAAAAUAAUAAUAUAUAAAUAUUAUAUAAAUAUUAUAUAAAAUUAUAAAGAAAUUACAUAUAUUCUAUCGCAAACAGAUUAUCUCUGCUAAAUCAAAAAUUUCACUUUCAUUGUGUAAUAAGACAUAGAUUAUAAAUAUAAUUUUUCGUGAAAUUUAUCAUUGGUUCAAGUUCCUUAUCAUUAUAAUGAUAAGUAGAAAAAUAUAUAAAUACUCUCGAGAAUAUUUUUAUAACAAUUACUACUAUUAAUAGAUGGGAAAAUGCAGUAAUUGUCAUAGAAAUUUAUUAUAAACUCACAAAAGUUCAUUAUCACAAUCGAAAUUUUCCUGAUAAAUAUCUUAUGUAAGUUUUAUAUGAUUAAUAAAGUAGCUACGCUAAUUA